UUAUUGCAGAAAUUGUGUGAUGAGAAAACUACUGAAGAUGAAGAUGAAGAUGAAUCAGACACUUCAUCAGAAACUGAAAAAAUUCAGGAACAGAUUAAGGCUCUGCAGAAAAAGCUACAGAAAAAAGAUAAGAAAAAUGAGAAGAUUAAGAAAGCUGAUUCAAAAAAGAAAAGGAAGAAGCAUCAGAAGAAAGUACAAACACCUCCACCAUCAUCAAGCUCAGCAGAUAGUAGUUCAUCAGAUGAUUCGACUGAUGAUACUUCAGACACAACGACAACACUUAAACGCAGUCACAGUGACACAAAGGAUGAGAAAACCAAGAAACACAAGCCAUCAAGUAAUAAUGUAAGUUUUAUCAAUGUUAACAACACACUACCACUUAUCAGUACCAUAAUCUAAUACUCAAUACUUCACUUUCAGGAUGAUAAUCUCAUUAAUAUGCUGAAUGAUGUUCAAUGCUACUCAUCAAGAGAUCUCAAGAUAGGAAAGGAGUACAAAUUAUUGGACAUUGAGCUAAGAGAUGAGAAUGGCUUCAACGGAGCAUACAAAAGAGCAGUCGGAAAAUUUGAAGACAAGAAGAGAAAGCCAACAGGAAUGAUAACAGUUAAUUUACCAAAACCUGUUACACUUCUCGGUGAUAAAAUUAUAACAGCAAUGAAAGAAAGGAUCCAAAGUGGAAAAAAUCCACACUAUGUUGUACACAAAGUUACAACUAGGGAGCGGGCUGAUGGAAAAGGAGCCUAUGAUAUGGUUGAUUUUAAAUGGAUCUAAAUUUCACUGGUAUCAGUACAUAUAAUGUAUUAAUCUUUACUUACCUUGCACCAAUGAUUGUUCAACUUUUUCUGCACAAAACUAAUUCAGUAAUAUCAAUACAUGUACUGUCUUCAUCUUUACUUAUCUUGCAGCAAUGAUUGUUCAGCUUUUACUGGACGAAACUAAUCACUAGAUUAAUUUUAAAUACUUGUUAACUUACAUUUUUCCCUUAUAUGAAAAAGUGGAUAACUGUUUUUGUUUCUGCACAAAAAUAAUUUUGAAUCACAAUUAUAUAAAAGCAACAUAAAUUGCUUGUACCAUUUAUCUUUGCUAAUAAAAUUAAUUGUCAUACUUGCA